AUGAGUGAAUAUUAUAGUAAUUACAAAAAAAUAGAUUUAAAUAAAAGCAAUUGUGCAUCAUAAAAUAGCAAUAGAAAAUUAGAUAACUCAUUUUAAAACUAAAAAGCUAUAAAAUAAAACUAAUUUACAUAAAAUCAAUAAAGCAGAUUAGAAUAAUAAAAUAUGAAUUCUUUUAUUUAAAGUUAAAAAGAUAUAUUUGAAGACUUAGUGCCAAUAAAAAUAAAGUAAAUAGGAAAGCAAGAUAUUUAAACUUUUUUAAAUUUAAAGAUAUAUACUACAUAAAAAGGAAAUAAUUCUAAUAAUUAAGUACAUCGUAUAGAGUUAACAGAUGAAUAAAAUUCAUUAUUCUUAUACUUAUUAGAUAUAACUGAAACCGAUUUUAUCUAAUUAAAAAAAGAAUAAAAUAUGAAGGCAGACAAAGACUUUAACUCAUUUCCUUAAACUUUAGUAGACUUAGUAAAUUAAUGCUCUAAUGAAGAAUAUGAAAAUGAGAAACAUUAAUAUUAGUAAAAAAUACAUAAUAAUAUUAAAUAAAAUAUUUAAAUAAAACAUAGAUAUUAAUGUUAAUUAGAUGUAAAGAAUAUGUCUGACGCAGACUUUAAUAUUAUACAAUAAAAUAGUUUUAAUACUUUAAAUACUUUAUAAUUAAAACUUAGAUAAGCUAAUGAUGAUGCUUUAAAAAGUUUUAUUUCUAAAAAGCUUUAGCUUUCAAAAGUCGAAAAUGAAUAAUUAAGAAUUUAAAAUAGUAGAUUGGAAGAAUAACUAAGUUAAACUUAAAUGGAUUUCGGAAUUGCAAACGAAGAAUUACAUAGGAUUUAAGAAGAUAAUAAGAAACAUAUUUAGUAAGUAUAAUUGGAAGAACAAAGAAAUUUAAACUUAGCAAAGGAAUAAUAUUUAAAUAAGGAAGAGUAAUUAAGAAGAAUGCAUGAAUCUUAAAAAGUUGAACUAGAAUAAGUAAGAAUUUUUUUAUUUUUUGUUAAUACUAUUUAAAAACUAAUACUAAUUUAUUCAGAAAUACUAGAAAGAAUUAAAUUUUUGUAAGAAAAGUUUUAAUAAAAAUCAUAAAAAUUUGAAUAAAUGAGUCAAAGAGUUUUAGAACUAGAAGCGUUUUUAUAAGAAUAUUAAAAUAAAUGUACACUUUUGGAAAAAGAAUAGAAAAUGAACACAAAGGAAAUACAAGAAACAAGAACUUAAAAUAUAUAAUUGAGCGAAAUGAGGUUUUAAUAAGAAAAGAAAAUUACAGAAUUAACAUAUCAAAAAGAAGCAUAUUUAAAAUAAAUAGAAGACAAAGAAUAAAUGAUAAACUCAAAUAAAGAAUUAGUUGAUAAUUUUAACUCUUAAAAAGUAAAAUAACAAAAAAAUAUAUUCUUAUUAUCAUAAUAAUAAAAAGGAAAUGUUAAAAUAAUAAUAAAAAAAUUAGAAUUAUGUGGUGAAGAAAUAAACAAAGGAAAUAAUAUAAUUGAAAAACUAUAAGAAGAUUUAACAAAAUUCAAAACAAAAAUUAAAUAAAAAAAUCAAAUGGUUAUUUAAUAAGAAUAAGAAUUAAAUGAAGUAAGAUAAAAACAAGAUGAUAUUAAUAAUGAAUUAGCAAAAAAAAAUAGAGAAAUUAAUAAUCUAGAAUUUAAAGUUAAAGAGUUAGAAUUACAUAAUUAAGACUUAAAAGAAAAAUAACUGAAAGUCAAAAAGUUAUAGAAAAUAAUUAAACAAUGAUUUAAUAUCUUAAUAAGUAAAUUAAUGAAGGAACAAAUAAAAAUACAUUUGCGGGUACAACCACAUUAAAAUCUCAUACUAAUUACUCUAAUAAUAAAUAUACAUAAAAUAAUAAUAAUUAUACAAAUAGCUUUUCAAAUAAAUAUCCUUAUCUUAGUAAAUAGUUUAAUAAUUCAGGUGCAAAUUAUAAUAAUAAAUAGAAUAUAAGCUAAUAUAAUAAUGAUAGUUAAAGCUAAAUAUCUCCUAUGAGAAAAAACGAGCCUUUAAUUUAAAAUAAUUACGAAAAUUAUUUAAAUUAGAAAAACUAAAAUAAUGUAUUUGUUAUAUU